CUCACCCAGGGUGGCCGCUUCCACUCUGGUCUUACUGCUGACUAAACUUUAAAAUUAAUUCGAGAGUUCUAAGUCCGGUUAGGAAGGUGAACUGCAAUUUUGAAAAGUGAACAUUGGGAAAUCGCUUGUCAGUGUUCACUUUUAUUAAGUUACUGAAGUCAUGCGAUGUAGUCUUUUAAGAAGAGCGCGCCAGGCGAAUAGCUCUAAUUCCGAAGAAGACAAUAAAAAUUACAGAAUUCUUCAAGAUUUAAAUAAACACCAUUGGCUUCUAAAAAAGCUUAAGUGGGAGAUUAAGACGACCAAAAGAAAUCAUAAGGACUUCAUGGAGCCCCGACCACGUACCAUAGCUGGUCUUAUGCGGAUAAAUGAAGUUGAUGUCGCGAUUAUUAACGAAGAAACUUCUAACGCUGAAGCUGCGGCCCCACCACAAUCGCUGCCUGUCUCGCUGCCUGUAAAUCUAUACAACCGAGUUAACGGUACUGGUUUGCGCGUGAGACCUAUCAGUAGCCUAGCAAGUGUUCGCAACGUUAGUGAUAAUAUGGCCCCUGAUCCGAAAGACGUAGAGGUCGCUUAUAACGAAAUAACUAAAAGAAUUUAA